AUGUCGCCGUUUCGCCCGCUGCGGCCGCGGCCAUUAGCCGAAGGGUCACCGGCCAACCUACGGCAGAACCCCGAUUCCAAUCCUGAUCCCAAUGCCGAGCCCGGUACCGGUACCGUACGCGGUCCCGGUCUUGGGCCUGGUCGACCUAACAUCAGCCUUCGCCGUCCUGCGCGGCCACGCAAGACCAACAGCGCCUGUGAUCCGUGCCGGAGGCGAAAGACAAAGUGCGAUGGACGGCUCCCACGAUGUGUUAUGUGUGAUCACCGAACGGAAAAUUGCGAAUACACCUAUACCGUCCGACAUCGUGUAACUCUUGCCGAAGUGGAGCAGUCCAAACGAGGUGGCCCUGCCGAGAUACUCGAAUCUCUUCGAACACUUCCGCCAGAACAAGCCCUCGAAUUGUUUCGCAAACUACGCAACGAGACGCCCGGACGUGCUUUGAAUCUUGCACGCCCAUCCGAUCAGCAACACCUUAGAGGCCUUCUCCCACCCACGCAGAACAGCCUUGGUUUCGAAUUGACGAUUCGACACCCUGUGGCAUAUCCUGCCCUGUUCCCGGUGCCGUACACGGACUUGACUCUCGGAGCCUUACUCCAGCCUGUGACGAAGGCAUGGUUGCAAGGGCAGCAGGGGCAGCAAGAUGCGUCUUCAAGACAGGUCUCCCCUUUCGGGGGUCCAUACCUGACUCCCGAGCGAGAUGAGGACGCAAGUUCAGGAUCAAAAACCGGUUCACCUGAUCAUACAGGGGCUGUGAAUCCCAAACCACUCUUCGACGAACGAUUACGUCUGCUUGAUGUCAGCAAGUGGACAAACAUCCCUAUACCGAACGACCUUGCCAUCAGUGUUAUAUCGCACUAUCUUGACAUUGAUUACGCUACGAUACCCCUUUUCGACGCCGACCUGUUUCAAGCAUAUACGACCCUCCAUACCGAUGCCGCCGCUUUCAGUGUAGCUCUUUUCGCGGAAUCUCAGCAGUACUUCUCUGAUCAGCAGCAACCCAAUAGCGUUACAACAGUCGCUGCACUUCAAAUCCUAAGCAUGUGCGCCGUGACGUACGGCAAAGACGACAUGAGUCUUCGGUUCCUACAAGAAAGUGUUAGGUUGGGCAAAGCGAUGGGCCUCUUCAAUGUUCAGACCGAGGCCGAAUCUGCGACCGUCUGGCUUGGCGGCCAUACAGAGUGGACGAGAGCGGCGUCAUACACGGCCUGGGGCGUUUACAAUUGGGUAUCGGUAUAUUCCCUCCACUACCGCGUCCACGAAAUCCACACACCGCCGUUGCUGCCGAUGCCUAGAGAUCUGGUCUUAUUUCUACCAAGCGACGAUCCGAGGUCAGCCAAGACCGCAUUCCAUGCCCAGCUCCUCAGUGCCGCGAGCGAUAUGUGGGUUAUCUUCAAGGACAUACUGGAAAGAUUCUACGGCCCUCAAUACCACGGCGCCACGCUUGAGUCGACACUGAGAUUCGCAGAAGGGACAUAUCACCGUCUACUUUGCUGGUCUGGCGCACUCUCUCUGGAUAUGGCAAGAGGCGAAGAAAGUAACCACAGCGUCAUGCUAUUGCACGUUUACUUCCACGCCGUGGUGACCGAUCUAUUCCGUCCUUUCCUCGCAACCGAGCACAAAUCACAGCGCCUCUACUCCUUCAGCACACAACACGCUACCCCCGAAGCAGUCUAUGCUUCGUCCGUUACACAGCUUAAGCGACUACUCCUGCUCUACCGCCUGAGAUACAAGAACGCGAAUUACUCCGUCCUCUGGCAGACUGCAGCCGUCUACGUCGCCAACGCCAUGAUCCGAGAAGGGGGACUAUCACUACGGGCUGACGACCAACCCGGAAACGAGUGGAAGUUCUAUUUGGACGUCUGCCUCGCAGGCCUAGAGGACUUGUACGCGUCGUUCCCCGUCUUUGGGUCAAUCGCCCAGGGCAUGGUGGGCAUGGCGCUGCGACACUCGGCGAUACGAACAAGUAAGGCCACCCGCGUGCUGGCGCAACUCGAUGAUAUCGAGCGGCGGCACGCAUCUCUCAAAGGUAUGACGGACAAGACGGAGGCGCGGUGGAUCAUCGACUUGAACCUUGCGACGACUGAUUUCGAGGGUGCUCAAGCUCGCAACCUCGUCGAAGAGCUUCAGAAGUUGAUGGUUGAGCAGACCGAGUCUGAGAAUCUGGGUGAUGAUGGAAAACAAUGA